AUGGAGAUGAAAAGCGACUUGGAUUUAAGCGGUAAAUUAAUAAUUAAAGUGCAACUAGGAGACGAUAUACGGCGAAUUCCCAUACACAACGAAUCGCUCACGUACGAUGAACUGGUGCUAAUGAUGCAGAGGGUUUUCAGGGGCAAAUUGUCCGCCAACGACGACAUCACCAUCAAAUACAAAGACGAAGACGGCGAUCUAAUAACGAUAUUCGAAAGCAACGAUCUGUCGUUCGCCAUACAAUGCAGCAGGAUUUUAAAACUACAAAUUCUACUAAACGCCGAUUUGAAAAAGGACUCGCACACCGCCCUCUCCUCGAACGAGGUCGGCAAUUUGAAGAAACAGCUCAGGAGCAUCAGGGAUCAGGUUAACACGAUACUCGAAACCAUCGAUGUGCAGGAAACCAAGCCGACCAACACCGGACGCGGAGAUGCCGGAGACUCGUCCAACAUAGACCUCAACCAAUCCGGUCCCUCCAUGAGCAAGGUCAACUCGAGCGAAUUCGACCCGUUGCAGGAGAAGAACCAGAAAAACGGCACCGAAGAAGCCAAGGAUAACUCGAAACCGUCUACUCCGCAGAUCAACAACGAAGCGGGAAGCCGACCGCAAUCGGUGUCGAUGACGACGACGCCGAGCCAACAGAGCGUCGUGACGUCGGCGGCGAAUCCGCACGGCAUGUCGGACUACUUCGGCAGGGCCUCGAACGCCGGCAACUUCCCGGGCAUGCAGUACAGCUCGUUGCCCUAUCCGCAGCAGUAUAACUUUCAAUCGAGCGGGCGCUACGUGCCCCAAGUGAUGGAGACUCCGCAGCAGGUGUCGAGCAGCAACUACUCGAACGCGAACCUGCCCUACGGGCAACAGCAGCAGUACGGGCACUCGCCGGUGGUGUAUCCGUCGUCUACGCAGGGCAAUCCGUACCCGAAGGGCUUCGCCCAGCCGUCGCCCCAGCACGGUUUCAUGCCCCCGCGUCAGUAA